AUCCUUAGUUCAUUUUAGUGCUAUAGCUCACCUCCUGUUCUCCCGGGACGUUAAUGCCUCAUCCUUAGUUCAUUUUAGUGCUAUAGCUCACCUCCUGUUCUCCCGGGACGUUAAUGCCUAGUAAAUGGAGACUGUCUAUCUACAAUUGCGGUCACACUGCAUGCCCCAUAUGCGAAACCAUUUAUUAUUGUGCUUUAAUGUGUUUCGCUCUGUUCUAUUCUAGCGCUGUCAACUUUGCACUGGGACCGUAAAGGCUCAGCUGUCGCACAUUAUUCCAUUGCCCUCGACCCAUGACAAGUAAACAGUGACCAAAGUUAGAGCGCUUUGAAGAGGGCUGACAUGGCACACUGUUCCUUUACACAUGGAGGUUAGCUGAUCACAAAUCACCAAACCGAGGAGACAGAGACACCAUGGCUCUCCUGAGGUCCAUUACAGUAGCAGUAGCUUCUCUCCUCCAUUGACAUCCUCUCUUCUCCUCUUCCACCACCACCACUUCCUCUCUCCACUCAUCUACCCAUCCACCCUCAGUACCACCCCUCCCCCCAUCCAUCCACUCCUACAACCUCAGCACCACCCCUUCCCCAUCCAUUCACCCCUACAACCUCAGCACCACCCCUACCCCCAUCCAUCCACUCAUCCACCCUCAGCACCACCCCUCCCCCAACCAUCCACCCUCAGCACCACCCCUCCCCCAACCAUCCACCCUCAGCACCACCCCUACCCCCAUCCAUCCACUCAUCCACCCUCAGCACCACCCCUCCCCCAACCAUCCACCCUCAGCACCACGCCUCCCCCAACCAUCCACCCUCAGCACCACCCCACCCCCCAUCCAUCCACCCAUCCUCUCCACUCCUCACUGACCUCGUUGCUGCCCAUCGUUGUGGCAUCAUGGCGGGGGAGAAGGGACCAACCAGGCGGAGUGCCAUGGACAUCAAGCGCCUAGCAGGGCUGAUUCAGAGGGGGGCGGGUCGUCUACUGGUGAUUGACAGCCGGACGUUCUCGGAGUACAACGCAUCCCACGUACAAGGGGCGGUCAACGUGUGCUGCUCCAAGCUGGUGAAGAGGCGACUGCAGCAGGACAAGGUGUCCGUCACCGAGCUACUACAACCCAACGGCAAGGUCAAGGUUGAGAUGGGCAGGAAACAGGAAGUGGUGGUAUACGACCAGAGUUCCAAAGAGACGGGGCAACUGUCCAAAGACUGCUUUGUCCACAUCUUGCUGGGCAAACUGGAGGGCACCUUCCAUCGAGUCUCCCUGCUCACAGGGGGCUUUGCUGCGUUCUCCUCCUGUUUCCCCGGGCUGUGUGAGAGCAAGCCAGCUCUGCCUAUGAGCAUAUCCCAGCCCUGCCUGCCUGUAGCUAACGUAGGCCCCACACGCAUCCUACCACACCUCUACCUGGGAUCGCAGAAAGACGUCCUCAACAAGGACCUGAUGGUUCAGAAUGGCAUCACGUACGUGCUGAAUGCCAGUAACACCUGUCCCAAGCCUGACUUCAUCAGAGAGAGCCACUUCAUGCGGAUCCCUGUCAAUGACAACUACUGUGAGAAGCUACUGCCCUGGUUGCAGAAAACCAAUGAAUUCAUUGACAAAGCCAAGGUGUCAAACUGCAGAGUCAUUGUGCACUGCCUGGCUGGAAUCUCACGCUCAGCAACCAUCGCCAUCGCAUACAUCAUGAAGACAAUGGGCCUGUCAUCGGAUGAUGCCUACAGGUUUGUGAAGGACCGACGGCCUUCAAUAUCGCCCAACUUCAACUUCCUGGGGCAGCUCCUGGAGUUUGAGAAGGGGCUGCGACUCCUCCAGGCGCUGUCAGACGACAAGACCUCAGAGGGCAAAGGUCAAUCCCAGGGCUCAGAUGUCAACGGGUUCAGCUCAGGGUCAGAAGUCAAUGGUCACCAUGACUCUUCAUCAAUAGAGCCCCAGACCCCACCAGAACCGAAGCUCCCCUCGCCGACUUCUCUCCAGCAGGGCUUCAACGGCCUCCACCUGUCGGCCGAGCGCAUCCUGGACACUAACCGGCUGAAGCGAUCCUUCUCCCUGGACAUCAAGUCUGUCUACUCCCCCAGCAGCACCCACUGCCUGUGCCUGGCAGCGCCCACACACUCCGAAGACGUGCCCAAGCUAUGUAAGCUGGACAGUCCCCCUGUCAAUGGUGUCUGCCCUCAGUUCUCCCCUGUCCCAGACAGCCCCAGCUCGGCUGAGUCGCCCUUCCCUUCCCCGGGGUGCGGCGGCAGCAUCGGAGGUCUCGACGUUGGGGGUCCCAGUGAGGGGGGCGUUCGUUCUGGAGGUCCAUCAUCGUCCAGGCCCAGGAGGAAAGCCAAGCACAGCCCUGGAUCUGGAUCCACAACUAGUUCCCCGGUACACCCCCAGUCCCUGAGUCUGACUCUGGGACGCUCCUUGCCCGUUCACAAGAGCCCUAGCCUGGACGAGAGCCUGAAGGGCUCCAUGCUUCUCUCUCUGCCCCCCAAAGAGUCCGGAACCAUGUGGACCAAACACAGAGACACAGUCCAGGCCACCACCCCAGUCACACCUGUCACCCCCACUGCCGAUGCCCCCUGGUACUUCGGGGCUGAAGAGGUAGGGGAAGGAGGGAUGGAACUUGGAGGAGAUGAAGGAGGAGGGGUGGAAGUGCGAUUCGGAAGCAGCUCUGCAUACGUGGCGUUCGGUUGUAGCGAGGGGGUGCGGCUACGGGAGAAAGUGCAGCGGGACAAAAGGGCAUCGUCGUCAUCAGCGCCAUUACAGAGGGACUCCUCAACGACCGUCGCCAACGGGACAGCCUCCAACAGCACCGAGAAGCAGUUCAAGCGGCGCAGCUGUCAGAUGGAGUUUGAGGAGAGCAUCUCAGAUACGCGUUCCCGGGAGGAGCUGGAGAAGAUGGGGAAGCAGUCCAGCUUCUCUGGCAGCAUGGAGAUCAUCGAGGUGUCCUGACUAACCGCACUCCUGACCACAACCGGCCCACCCAGGGAGGAGGAGAAACGGACCUGAAGGAGGAGGGAGGACAGAGGGGGGAAAUUUACGCUCCCCAAACAUACCGUGUUAAAGACUCAAACUCUGAGAAGACAGAAACACCAGAGAGAUUCCGGGAGUCCCUUAUCUAGCUAGUGUUCCUGGACUAGACAUGGGGUUCAGCAGGCUGUUGAUUUCCUAGGUUACAUUUACAGUUCUACCAACCAAAGCUCUGAAGAGAACAACUACGGGAAAAGACGGAGACUAUAGGGCACUGACACUGAACUAUGAACUGUGAACUAUUUCCUCUGUAUGGUGUCAGUUCAAGAAGAACAGAUCCAUGGGCACAUCUCAAACCCCCCCAUCACCCAUAUAGUGCACUACUUUUGACCAAAAGUCACCAAAAGUAUAGUGCUAUUUUCAUAAUUGGGUGUCAUUUGAGACAUAGCCAUGUUCUUUCCUCCCAAAGACUUCAAUCCCCAGCAUGCCUCAGUCUGCCCCUCCCUUCAUUUCAAAGACUUCAGCCCCAGAGAACCACAACCCCCAGCAUGGCUCAGUCUGCCCCUCCCUUCAUUACAAAGACUUAGAAAGAGCUCUGUACCCCAGAAAUGCACCACAGCACAAUGCAGAGAGAGACAAUUCAGACUGUCCUAAGAGACUAUACCGGUGGUACUGCAUCAAAACAAUGACAAAUCGUGUUGUCAGCCCAACAUGGUUUACAAAGACUUUGCAGUUUAAGAGGACUCACAGUGACUGAUAAAGACUGGCAUUGUAUUUUUCCGCAAUACUCCUCUGCUUCCUUGUUUCCAGUGUUUAACAGUGUGACGUGACUGUUGGGGCGGUGGGGAGGAGAGGAGUUAGGUCUAAGUUACGCCCUCCCUGUAGUGGAGUUCAGUACUCGCAUGUCUCACUCCACACCUCCCAAGUAUACCCCACCCCAGCCUCUCAGAGCAUGCUCCAGGGUGGCUGGCAACAGACAGACAAAUACUAUAUAUACUAUAUGAAUAUAUAUAUAGCGAUUUUAAUGGACUUUUAAUCAACAACAAAAAAUCUCAGUUCUGGUUGUAAAUUUAUUUGAUCGGUUCAUUCUGGCAAUGAGAAAUAAUAGAAUGUUUUGUGGACUUUUUCUUUUUCCUUUGUUAAUCUCAGUUUUUGUUGUAUGGUAUUUAUGAAACACAUACAACCACACACUCAUGCACACACAAACACAUGCACACACACACACACUCAUGCACACAAAUCUACACGCAAGCAAUAUGUGCUGUUCCUUGUUUGGAGGAAGAGUGAUGUAUUGUGGGUUUCAUCUGACGUUGAAAUGCACUUUUCUGUUACUCUUCAAAAACAAGUAUCCCAUCCACAUCCUAAGAGGGUACCAACACCCUCUAACCCAGGGGUGGGAAAACUACAGCUCAUUCAAUCCGGCCCAUGGGAGGUUUCAGUAAAAACAACGAACAAAAUGGGGGUUAAAUUAUUAUUUGGGGUUUAAAAACGACUCCAGGCCACACUUAAAUGUCUACAACUAGAUAGAAUGUUUGUAGAAAUUAUAAUACACCUGUACAUUCUCAAAUAACUGCCCUUUUUCUGGCCCAAAAUAGAUUUUGACAAAGAAAUCGGUUCUCAAAUCUUCUGUGCUCCCCUCAGUUGAAUUUCUAAAUCCUGAUGUGGCCUUCGAGCCAAAAUGUUUGCUCACCCCUGCUCUUACCUCUGGUGACAUCACCAGAUGUGUGGUAUGGUGAAGAACAGUCCCUAUGAGCAUGAAAACUUUGAAUUUACAUUGAAAAGAUGUUGAAAAUACAUAUUUGUGGUUGAAAAUACAUUGAAAAUAGGUAUUUUUAAAUGAAUAUACAUUAAAAAAAUAAGUGUUUUCAUCAUCUUAUGUUCACCAAGAUGACUCUUCAGUUGAGUGUAAUUAAGAUGUUAUUUAUUGUGAUUGGGGGCUCCUACAGUUAGUGCAUCUCCUGGGAGACGGUUAAUGUGUGUGAUCGAGAAUGAAGAACUUUAUUCAACCCAGUACUAAAGAGCAGAAUUAUUGUAGGAAGGACUGUUGAUUUCUCCAGGGCUCAUGACAACAACUACCGGUAUAUGCAAGUAGAUCCACACAGUUGACAAAUAUACACACACACACACAUACAGAACUAAACUGUGUUGGGAUAUGAGAGAAGCCCAUAGCUGAAACAAAUCCCCUCCACACAUACACACACACAGACAUAAACACACAGACACAUAUAGUCACACACAAAGAUAUACCACCACCUUUCGUUUGUUCUCAGGGGAUCUUUCAGUGAGCCACGCCUGGCGCAGGGUACACAAUUGCUUGCACAUCAGCACAAUGCAUGUCACUCCCUCACUAUCUCACUAUCAGUCUGUCGCUCUCACUCUCUUAUUUUCCAAAGGUUUGAUAAAAACAAAACGGAAGGGAUGAAACUAGAACGUGAUUCAGAAUUAAAUUAAUGCUAUUGCUCUGCUGGUGCGAGACUGUCUAUUUAUUUAUGAUGUACCUAUAUGUGUUUUUUUCUUUUCCUUCGGUUAGCUUUUCUCUAUUGUGACCUUUGACCUAUACCUUUGUGCUGCUGUAAGGUCAGACCUGGAUUUCCUAUUCUCUGAGGCUUUCCUUCUAGUCUCUUUAUUUUUAAAAGAUGUUAUAAUUAUUUGAAAACAUGUUAAGAGAAGAUGCAGGCUGUCCCGAUUGCUAUAAUUGUUGGUUUUGAUGUAUUAUUAUUAUUAUUAUUAUUGAUGUUAUGUUGUGUAAAUAGCAAGGUAUCUAAGAAUAUUGAUGAAUUUAGGUACAUUUUUUAAAUAAAAUCCUGAUACCUUAGGCUGCUUGACGCAAAAUACCUCAGGUUUUUCCUUCCUUGUACAUGUUUUGUGAAAAUGAGACAAAAAUACAAAAGUAACAAAAUAUGAA